AGUUCCAUUAACGGUCAUGUUCCGUCCAGCUGUUGAUCAAGCCAUUGGUCAUGCUCCCUAGUGAUAUCAUCUCAGCCGUAGAUCAAUACGCAUCAUCCAUUGCAAGAUGCAUGAAGACCAAGAAUUUAAAACUAGGCAUGGCCAUGCACUCACACCUUAUCAAAACAGCGCUCUCCUUCAACCCCUUCCUAACCAACGGGCUCAUAGACAUGUACUCCAAAUGCAACUCCACAGAAAGUGCCCAAAAGACCUUUGAUGACCUUCCCAUUAAAACCGCUCCUUCUUGGAACAUUAUGAUCUCUAUGUACUCUGGAACAGGCAUAUUCAGUAAAGCUCAUAAACUGUUUGAAGAAAUGCCGAAACCAAACCUCGUUAGCUAUAACUCAUUGAUUUCUGGUUUUACCCAUCAUGGGUUUCAUAAAGAAUCUAUUAGUUUCUUUCUACAAAUGCAAAAAGAGUGCGAGUGUCUAAUCAUGGAUGAAUUCACGCUAGUCAGUAUAGUGGGUGCUUGUGCUCGUUUGGGUGCUUUAGCAGUGUUGGGUCAAGUUCAUGGGGCGGCAAUUAUUAUGGGCUUGGAGUUUAAUAUGAUUAUUCAUAAUGCCUUGGUUGAUGCUUAUGGAAAAUGUGGUGAACCCGAUACCUCAUAUUCUAUUUUUAGUCGAAUGCCGGUGAGGGAUGUUGUGUCGUGGACUUCAAUGGUUGUUGCUUUUGCUCAGGCAUCUAGACUUGAUGAUGCUUGUCGGUUAUUUAAUGAAAUGCCCGUUAAGAACACGGUCUCUUGGACUGCUUUGGUCGCAGGCUUUACACAAAAUGGGCAUGGGACUGAAGCAUUGGUUCUCUUUCAGCAAAUGCUGGAAGAAGGUGUCUGGCCUGCCGCUCAUACUUUUGUUAGUGUUUUAAGUGCUUGUGCGGAUUUAGCACUUGUUCAAAGAGGUAAACAGAUUCAUGGGCUCAUCAUUCGAAGGAGUACUAGUAGCAACUUGUUUAAUGUGUUCAUGUUUAAUGCUUUAAUUGACAUGUAUUGCAAGUGUGGAGACAUGAAAUCUGCUAAAACAUUGUUUGAUUUGAUGCCUGAAAAGGACAUCGUCUCUUGGAACUCAUUAAUAACUGGAUUUGCUCAGAAUGGACUUGGGGAGAAGUCACUUGUUCUAUUUCAGAGAAUGAUGGAAGCAAAGAUAAAACCAAAUCCUGUCACAUUUUUGGGGGUGCUAUCUGCCUGCAGCCACACUGGUCUACUAUCUGAAGCAAUCCAAAUUCUUGACUCGAUGCAGAAGGAUUAUGAUGUAAAUCCAAGACCCAAUCACUAUGCAAUAUUGAUUGAUUUGCUUGGGAGGAACAACAGACUUGAUGUAGCAGUGGAGUUAAUUAAGAAAGCUCCUAAUAAUGGUUCAGAUCAUGUGGGGAUGUGGGGUGCACUACUGGGUUCUUGUCGAGUCCAUGGGAAUUUGGAUCUUGCUAGAAGAGCUGCAGAAGCUCUGUUUGAGUUGGAACCCAACAAUGCUGCAAGAUUUGUUAUGCUAUCAAACAUUUAUGCUGCAGCUGGUAGAUGGGGUGAUGCCGAUAGAGUGAGAAGGCUCAUGGACGAGAGAGGUUUGAGGAAUGAAGCAGCUUAUAGUUGGAUUGAGGUGAGGAAUGUGAGACAUGAGUUUGUAGCUAAAGAUAGGGUCCAUUGUCAGAUAUGGGAGAUAUAUCAAGUAGUUGGAAAGCUGGUAAAUAAUAUGAUGGAUGCUGGAUAUCAACCUUAUAUCAACAGCCCUUUUCUUUUAAAUGAGGAUGAUGGCGUUUCUUGAUCUUCUUAACUAGAUGAGAACUUACAAACACAUGGAUAAAUGCCUGCUCGGAAAGAUUAAGAAUGCCAGGGACUACUAGAAAAUUGAACGCUAUUGGUUUCUCGAACCAACUCCAGUGGAUGAUAGCAUCGUGAUGGAGAAAGAAUUGGCAGCAUCUCCGAUGGCGGCAAGUGCAAGGGUGAACAACUCUGCAUCUUCUUCUUCAAGAGGAUGGAGAAAAAAUUGGCAGCAUCUCCAAUGGCAAGUGCAAGGCAGAACAACUCCGCAUCAUUGAAGGAGAGGCAUCAUUGAAAUGGAGUAAGACUUGUAUCUUCAUGGAGCCUAUUAAAUUUCAUACUACAUUUUCAAGAUAUUGAAGGAGAGACAACCUAAAAUGUAGAUUUCGAAGAAUGCAGUAGUUUUAAUGAGCAACAUGAUUAAUCACAUGAUGGAGAGAAUAUUAAGUGCUGCGUUGGAGAUGAUAAGCUAACAAAUAAUUUUUUGAAGUCAACGUUAGACUUGCCCUCCAAUCCCAAAAAUUUAUAUAGCAGGUGCCAUGACAUCGAAUUUGCGUUGGAGGCUAAUGAUGCGCUGUAUAAAUUUUUGGGAUUGGAGGGCAAGUCUAACGUUGACUUCAAAAAAUUAUUUGUUAGCUUAUCAUCUCCAACGUAGCACUUAAUAUUCUCUCCAUCAUGUGAUUAAUCAUGUUGCUCAUUAAAACUACUGCAUUCUUCGAAAUCUACAUUUUAGGUUUUCUCUCCUUCAAUAUCUUGAAAAUGUAAGUAUGGAAUUUAAUAGGCUCUAUGAAGAUACGAGUCUUCCUCCACUUCAAUGAUGCCAUGAUGCGGAGUUGUUCUGCCUUACACUUGCCAUUGGAGAUAGGAACAUAGGCAGUAUCAAAGGCUAAUGAUGCGUUGCAUAAAUUUUUUUGGGAUUGGAGGGCAAGUCUAAUGUUGACUUCAAAAAAUUAUUUGUUAGCUUAUCAGAUCAACGUUAGACUCUUUGAGUCUUGCAAACCGAUUUGUAUUUCUCUUUCGCGCCCUAUAAAAAUAUGUCCAUCCAAUGUAUA